UACAGCCAAUGAAAACAACGAAGAGAUAGACGGACUCCCAUGAUGCACUGCACUGCCAACGUAUGCAAACAGGAACAUGACAACCGGUGCUUAACAUUAGCCGCCUGUCUUAAACGGUGUACUUCUGUUGGCCUGACACAGUCUGUGACAAUAUAAUAUUUGCUGUGCCUCCGCCACAGAAGAAAAGCGUUCGUAGAGUUAUCGGCGGAGCCAGCAGACCCUCUGAAAACAGCGUCGUCGUUGUUCAUCAAUCACAGACAGUGUGGGUUAACAUGGCGAGUCCAAGGACCAGGAGAGUUCUGAAGGAAGUGAGAACCCAAGACGAGAAUAAUCUAUGUUUUGAGUGUGGGGCUUUUAACCCUCAAUGGGUUAGCGUGACCUACGGGAUUUGGAUUUGUCUUGAAUGCUCUGGCAAGCACAGGGGCCUGGGAGUACAUCUCAGUUUUGUGCGCUCUGUCACCAUGGACAAGUGGAAAGAUAUUGAGCUUGAAAAGAUGAAAGCGGGUGGAAAUGGAAAAUUCCGCAUGUUUCUUGAACUCCAAGAUGAUUAUGAUCCCACGUGGAAUUUACAAGAUAAAUACAACAGCAAAGCUGCUGCACUCUUUAGAGACCAGGUUGCAACUUUAGCAGAGGGUAAGGAGUGGUCCAUUGAGACAUCCCCCGCAAGAAACUGGACAUCUCCUCAACCAAAGACCAGUCUUUCAUCCUCUCAUCGCUCUGGAGGACCUGGACAAAGCUCAGCGAAAUCUGGGGACAAAGCUUUUGAAGACUGGUUGAGCGAUGAUGUGAACUCAUAUCAGAGUGGAGGGGGCUACAGUGGGAAUCAAGAGAAUCGGUAUGUUGGCUUUGGCAACACGGUGACCCCAGAGAAGAAGGAAGAUGACUUCAUCAACAAUGCCAUGUCUUCUAUUUAUUCAGGUUGGAGCAGUUUCACUGUUGGAGCUAGCAAGAUUGCUACUAUUGCUAAAGAUAAUACAUCCAAACUGGCAAACCAAGCAACCUUGAAGGCCACAGAGUUAGGACAGACAUUAAAUGAGAAUGUUAUCAAACCCACUCAAGAAAAGGUAAAAGAUGGCAAAUUGCUAGAUGAAAUGGCAGUCGGGAUCACUGGGCUGGCAAACAAGGUUCAGGGAGCUGGUUCAAAAUUGACUAAUCUCUUCUCGGGAAAAAUGGAGGAUGGGUCUGCUGGAGAGAGCUACCAGAACAUGGAUGCCUCUGAGGGAUAUCAGGGCAGUUCAAGCCAGCCUGUCGCAAAGGACUUCUGGGAAACUUUUGGCAGCAACAACUCCUUAAAGGCCAAGAAAUCUCCCAGCAGUGACAGCUGGACCAUCGCAGACAAUUCUGCAAAGAAGAGCUCUGACAGUUGGGACAAUUGGGGCUCUGAAGCAGCGUCCAACAACAUACACAGCACAGAGGAGAGCUGGGAAGCCUGGGACAACAACUGGGAGAACGCAGAUAGUAAGACAAAGAAAAGUCCCACAAAACCUGCUGAGGAAACAUGGGAUAAUGCAGACUGGUAGGGACUUCACAUCUAUACAUCUCCUCACAUGUUUCCCACUCUGGCCUUCAUUUCUCUCUCUCUCUCUCUCUCUCUGUUCUUCUCACUGGCACUUUUAGGGAAAGAGCUGUCUCGUGUCGUUCCUGUCAAUCCAUUCAAAAUAUAUUUAUUAUGAACCCAACCAACAAUAAAUGAAGCCAAGGGUUAAAUUGAGCUCAUUUUCAAAGGAAUAUUCCUAAAAUUUACAACUAUACUGAUUUGCAGCCAUGUGUUUUAUUAUUACCUUCAUCACAACGAAUUAAGAAAAAAAUCUGUGUAGAUGUGGUCCUAACUUUCUGCCUGUGCUCCCCAAAUAUUAUACCCUUAAUAGUGAAUAAGUCAGUGUUCAUACUGUACGGGUUAAAUGAUAUUGGUUCUCAGUUCAGCACAUAAAGGAAAAAUGCAUGACAGAGAAAAGCUGACAUUGUAAAUAUAAAGCCAUGUAAAUACAGAACAAUUGACAAACAACUAAUGAGAUGAUCAAAUUGAUUUUGUCUGCCCCUCGACUUUUUGCACAUUUUGUUCAUGUAAAAAAAAAAAAUGUAAAAAGCAUUUUUGAUAGAAUUAGAUGCUGUAAUCACAAAGUGAUAUAUUAAAUCAAAGGAACAAAUGAACACUGUAACAGAUUGGCUAUCACUGGUCAAAUAUGCGUGAUAUGUCAAAUGUAAAUGCAAUCUAAUGUGUAAGAGUUAAGCUAAAUGAUCUAUAGGAUUUUUUUUUUUUUUUAAAAUGUGCAAAUAGGUUGGAAAGCAGAUAUAUUAUCAUAUUAUGAAAGAAAAUGGGACAGGAUGCUUAAAAGUUGCAUUUGGUUGUCUCCUAAACAAAUAGUUUAUCAAUAUAUGCCCCUUUUUAAUUAUUAAAGCGUUAAGUUGUCAUCGGGUAAAUACAUGUACUGUACACAUUGGUGCAUGCUGACUUUAAAGUUGGCUUUUCUUCAUAAUUAAGGUAAUUUAUUUAACAUCAAGGAGCUGUUAAAAUUUAUUUUGCUUUGUUGAUGCAAUGUUUGAUUUUACUCUGAUUUAUAAGACCUGGCUGCAACUCCCAACAUUCAUUGCAAAGU